UCCCCGCCAGCCUUUUGCUCCUUCCUUUCAUUAAACAAACAGGAGAUCCUGAAACCUGGACCCUGCGCUAGCGGCAGCGCGAAGAGGAGGCGGAGGAGCAGCCAGAGCGCGGGAUGUGCGCCGACAGGGAUCUGUGAUCCCGCGCCUCCCCCCGCACCCGCCCCACGCGCGCGCGCGCACACACACUCACACACACCCGCACUCACAUAUACACACACUCGCACAAACACACUCUCGUACACGCCCGCGCCGCGCGCUCGCCGGCUCGCUCUCCCACGCAGGCGGAAUGCAGCAGAGCCUGGGGAGCGUGUCUCCGGCCGCCGCGUGAAUGCACCUCGCCCCCGGCAGCCCGACGACCCAGUAGGGCGCGCGGGAGGACGCUCCGCCACCAGAGCCUGGAGACAUUUGCAGAGGGUGCCAUCUUGCUACAUGGUGUAAGAAAUGGCUGUAGGAAACAACACUCAACGAAGUUAUUCCAUCAUCCCAUGUUUUAUAUUUGUCGAGCUUGUCAUCAUGGCUGGGACAGUGCUGCUUGCCUACUACUUCGAAUGCACUGACACUUUUCAGGUGCAUAUCCAAGGAUUCUUCUGUCAGGACGGAGACUUAAUGAAGCCUUACCCGGGGACAGAGGAAGAAAGCUUCAUCACCCCUCUGGUGCUCUAUUGUGUGCUGGCUGCCACCCCAACUGCUAUUAUUUUUAUUGGUGAGAUAUCCAUGUAUUUCAUAAAGUCAACCAGAGAAUCUUUGAUUGCCCAGGAGAAAACCAUACUGACCGGAGAAUGCUGUUACCUGAACCCCUUACUCCGAAGGAUCAUAAGAUUCAUAGGGGUAUUUGCCUUCGGACUUUUUGCUACUGACAUUUUUGUAAACGCCGGGCAGGUGGUCACAGGGCACCUGACGCCAUACUUCCUGACAGUGUGCAAGCCGAACUACACCAGUGCAGACUGCCGGGCACACCAGCAGUUCAUCAACAAUGGGAACAUUUGCACUGGGGACAUGGAAGUGAUAGAAAAGGCUCGGAGAUCCUUUCCCUCCAAACAUGCUGCUCUGAGCAUUUACUCCGCCUUAUAUGCCACGAUGUACAUCACAAGCACAAUCAAGACAAAGAGCAGUCGUCUGGCCAAACCCGUGCUGUGCCUGGGGACCCUCUGCUCGGCCUUCCUGACGGGCCUCAAUCGGGUCUCCGAGUACCGGAACCACGGCUCCGACGUGAUUGCCGGCUUCAUCCUGGGCACCGCUGUAGCCCUGUUUCUGGGCAUGUGUGUGGUCCAUAACUUUAAAGGAACACAAGGAUCUCCUUCCAAACCCAAACCUGAGGAUCCCCGCGGAGUACCCCUCAUGGCUUUUCCAAGGAUAGAAAGCCCUCUGGAAACCUUAAGUGCACAGAAUCACUCUGCCUCCAUGACCGAAGUCACCUGAGACAGCUGAGGUGUCACAAGCUGUUUUUUUUUAAUCACCCUCCAAUUCAAUACUUCAAGACACACAGUUACUCGAUGUCAAACUGUGAAGACAAGUAUUAUGUUUAUCUAGUUAGAGGCUAAUGUUUUGUACAUUUUUUUGUAUGAGGAAGUGAUGUAGCUUGCCCUCGUUUUUUUUUGUUUUGUUUUGGUUUGGUUUUUUGGUCAGCUUUAAUAUAUUUAUGCCAGAAUUUUAAACCAACAAAAUUUUCUCCUUGUUCCAGUGUGCAUUGAAGAACCACAUUGAUUCAAUGAUUGAUGUUGUUUUGUGAAAUUUGUACACGAACCUUCUUUUCUCAGUUUUAUAGGCACAGAAAUAAAAUGAAUAUAACAGUCCACUUUAACCCUUUAUUACUGUACUAGCUGCCUCCUCCAGAACUUUUGAAUUUUAAUGAAAGUUAACUUUUGAGUUGCAGGGAGGACGAUGUUGGUUAAUGGUAAAUCUCAAAAUCAAUUGCUCAGAAAGAAAUAUUUCUUUCAAAAAGAACUUUUUGUCCUUGUCUCUUAAUCUGUUUUGUAUUCUAAGUUAAAGUAAUCUAUUAAUGAAGUCACUUACUUACAUAAACAAGUGGCAGAGACUCCUGGAUUUGAGGGGUGUUGGGGCUACAUGGUUCUCUCUUCAAUAAUGGUUUCUCCUAGCUCAGAGACUCAAGGUCUUUCUGGAAUCGUGUCCUUGGGCUGGCAGGUGACACUGCAGACUUCCUUCCAAAAAGCAACCUGUACCAGUCUCCCCUGUCAACUCAACAGUUUUAUAUCUCAUAUUGUAUGGACUUUAUAUGAAAAUGAAUAUUUUACACUUUGCACAGUAUUAUUUUACAGAAAGGGUAUCAGAGCAUCUACAACCUAGAGCCCCAGAGCAACAGCUUGACUUUGUGGCUUUUAAUUGUUUUAGAAUUUUAACUGCAUCUCAUUUUUCUAGCAUGGUAAUAACUAGUGUGUAACUCCUUUGAGAGAAGGAGCUCCCUUGUCUGUACCUCUCAGAAUGUUUUCUUGACACCUUCCAUGUUGGCUCUUCUUAGCUUUUUUUUGUACAUAUUUUUUUUUCUAAAGAGAAGAAAAAAAAUUAUCACAAAAUGCAUUCUGGCUCAUGUUGUUUGUUUUAAGCUUCAUCCACUGGGCAAAAGUAUUAGAAGAGUCACGAUCAAGUGAACUCAAGGAAUGUUUAUACCUUUUAGUUCCGUGUCUGCUCAAAUAAGCCGUUCUAGAGGCAUGACUGGUAGGUCCUUCCACGGGGGAGUACGUGAGUGAGUGAGUGGGUGAGUAAGUGUGAGGAGGGGGUCUGUGGGAGUGUGUAGGCAAAAUUUAAAAAUUCUUGAAAUUAUUAGAGUACUUGGAAACACAACUGGAUGCCUAACAAGCUACCUUGGUUUUCAGCCUGCCCAUAUUUAAGUGGUCAAUAAAAAGUUAG